AUGAACAACAGCUUGAAUUCACCCGGUGCAGAGGCUCAGUUAGGUAGUCCUCGGAUUCUCGAAGAGGGCAGGCCGAAUUACGAGAGAAAUAACCGUGCCUCUGAUUGGUUUGGGCACAAUACUGAAGUUAUUGACAUCAUCCCUGAAUCUCGACUGAAAUUUGAGGCUUCCCGAGCUAAAGCUGCUGGACAGGAUCUGCAGAAUGAACUGUCCAGUACUGGCAAUGGUCAUGCUGACAAUGAGAGGCCUGAAGCACAUCAUGAAAAUUCUGAUGCUGGUAGAGUGGAUGUGAAUAAUCUUGUUGAGAACUACGCUAACUUGGAAGUUUCAGCGAAACCUGGGGCUAAGACAGAAGGAGAUGGUCUCCAGGAGAGAGAUCAGGUCACCACAAACGGGCUAGUAAAUCAUUCCAGUGCAACUCCAUCCCCAGACUCUGAUAAGGCACAACCACCUAGACUUGAUUUAAAUGGAGGAAAAAAGAUUGACAAAAACAGAAGUGUGCCACAGGCUAAAUCAGAGAAUGCUAAGGCAUCUAAUAAGCAGGGACGAUUACACCAGGAAUCUUCAGGCGGUGGCUGGGAUCAGAUCCCACCCCAUCACCGCCUGCGAGCUGACGGUGAAGGCAUAGCCAAAAAGAAUAAAACUGAUUCCGUCAACGACAUCUUCCUUAACAGCAACACUCCAGAGAAAAGGGUGGUCAGAGAACCUAGAAUACCCAAAAAUCUAGCGGAGGAUAAUACUCCGCGCAAACAGGCAACUCCCAGGGGUGGCCCAGAAGGACUCCAAAACAGACAGAAAGCCAUGAACCAUUCCGAGAUGUCAGCCAUCAUGCAUGGAAGCCCAGUAGAGGCCACGUCCCCUCGACCGAGCAGUGGCAGGAAAACACUGCCUCACAUGCAGAGAUCAGAGUUGUGGUAG